AUGCGGCUUCGUUGCUUUCUGGUAUUAAUUUGUGUGCCUAUCAUCUUCUCGACCACAUCCAUUGAUGCUUCAAGAGCCAAAGUACCUCGCUCACCAUCUAGCGGUAACGAUGUUCACAAAGCAGCAGAGAGAUUCUUGCGAGUUAGCCACACCACUGAGAAAGAUGGCGACGAGGAGAGGACGGGAGGAGGCUUUUCCGUGCCUAUUGUAGAGAAAGUAAAGACCGUGUUCACGCCUCUGGUUUUGACACCAGAUAUCAUUAGAAGAUGGCUCGAGAAAAAGAAAUCUGCUGCAUCGGCAUUCCAGCGUAUGCAUCUUCAGGAUGCCGGAGAUGAUCUUUUUGUGAACGAACAAUUCUUCAAGUGGGUCUCGAAGGUAGAUGAGCUCAAAGUGGUUACCAAGAAUGAAAAUAUUAACCCAAUCUCGACACUAGCUGCCAAGUACGGCGACGAUUCCAAAACGAUUUUACAAACUCAUUGA